AUGCAUCCUCCUCCAUGGCUUACUCAUGCUUCUCGUAACCUCAAGUGUCCUCUGUUGUUGCCACAGACAAUCUGUACCUCUCAGAAGAAGUAUCGCUGCUUUGGAGCUCAUGUAGAUGCUUCUUUUAAUAAUAAUCCCUUGAAAAAUUACAAACCAGUCAGAUGUUCUCCAUGGUGGUCUGAAGCACAAUCCCUGGUUUCUAACCAAUCUCUAAACAAACAGCUGUUCUCAGUAGGAUCUUUAGCAACUUCUACAGCUCAAGAUGUUUCUGAUACAACUCGUUUUGGUGAUGAUAAGAUUGGAGUAUUACUGUUAAACCUUGGAGGUCCAGAGACUCUAGAAGAUGUGCAGCCCUUUUUGUUUAACCUUUUUGCCGACCCGGAUAUAAUACGACUGCCAAGGAUAUUUAGUUUUCUUCAAAAGCCAUUGGCCCAAUUUGUAUCUAUUGUAAGGGCCCCAAAGAGCAAAGAAGGCUAUGCUUCAAUAGGUGGUGGCUCUCCUCUUAGACGUAUGACUGAUGCACAGGCUGAAGAGUUGAGAAAAUCUCUUUGGGAAAAGAAUGUCCCAGCUAAAGUGUAUGUUGGAAUGCGUUACUGGCAUCCUUUCACUGAAGAAGCUAUUGAGCAGAUUAAAAGGGAUGGAAUUACAAAGCUUGUUGUUCUUCCACUUUAUCCUCAAUUUUCAAUAUCCACCAGUGGAUCAAGUCUACGACUACUGGAGAAUAUAUUCCGAGAGGAUGAGUAUCUAGUCAACAUGCAGCACACAGUAAUACCAUCAUGGUAUCAACGUGAAGGAUACAUAAAGGCCAUGGCAAAUUUAAUUGAGAAAGAGCUGAAGAGUUUUGACUGCCCUAAGGAGGUCAAGAUAUUCUUCAGUGCACAUGGGGUGCCUCUUGCUUAUGUGGAAGAGGCUGGUGAUCCAUACAAGGUUGAAAUGGAGGAAUGUGUGGAUUUGAUCAUGGAAGAACUCGAGACAAGAAAGAUAACUAAUACCUACACCCUUGCUUAUCAGAGUAGAGUUGGGCCAGUGGAAUGGUUAAGACCCUAUACAGACGAGACAAUAAUUGAACUUGGAAAAAAGGGGGUGAAAAGUCUGCUGGCUGUUCCAAUUAGCUUUGUCAGUGAGCACAUUGAAACUCUAGAAGAAAUUGAUGUUGAAUACAAAGAAUUGGCUCUAGAAUCUGGUAUAGAAAACUGGGGUCGUGUUCCUGCUCUAGGAUGUGAACCUACCUUCAUUUCUGAUUUGGCAGAUGCUGUCAUUGAGAGUCUCCCAUAUGUUGGUGCCCUGGCUGCCUCAGACCUUGAAGCUCGACAGUCCCUUGUUCCACUGGGCAGUGUAGAAGAGUUAUUGGCAGCAUAUGAUACACAACGGAAGGAGUUGCCACCUCCAGUUAUAGUGUGGGAAUGGGGUUGGACAAAAAGUGCUGAAACUUGGAAUGGAAGAGUAGCAAUGCUGGCUAUACUUCUUCUUUUGUUUUUUGAAGUCACUACAGACAAGGGUUUGCUACACCAGUUUGGAAUAUGGCCCUCACUUAGGUGA